AGAAUGAGCAGUUGCGAACAUACUUCACAAGUUUUGUUGGAGACAUUUAGUUUUGGGAAUAAGUGAUUUUAUGUUUUUUUGUUUCUAUAAUGACGGAAACGGAAUAUAAUAAAGUACCGUUACAGGAAGAUGAAAAAGACGAAAUCCAAGCGUCUGUAAAGUAUGGCUACGGAGUGAGGCAUGUGCAGGUAUUUUUAUUUUUUUUAUGUCUGACGAUGGGGUAUGCUGCGCGAGCUCAUCUAGGAGUUACUAUAGUUGGAAUGACUUCUUUGGAUGAUCUCAAAGACGAAAUUGCAGUUGAUAUAAAAGACGUCAAUGGUUCUACAAACUAUAGAGGACGGAAGGAUUUAAACCUAAAUGAUAGUUCCAUAGGUCAAAUUAUAAAAAGUCAAGACAGUUCUUGGAAUAUAUAUAAGAAAUAUAAGUGGUCAAAGAAAAUACAGGAAAUGGUCCAUGGAUCAUUUUUUCUUGGUUAUUGUAUCAUGAUGUUCCCGAUGGGUAUGGUGUGUCAUCGAUGGGGUGGUAAAAUACCGUUGCAAAUUGCAAUGUCUGUAAAUGCCUUCAUUUCCUUUUUCACGCCCUGGAUAAUAGCUUGGGGAAGUUGGAAGGCACUUUGCGUUUGUCGCAUAUUACAAGGAUUAUCUCAAGCCGGCUUAUAUCCAGCGAUACAAAGUCUACUAUCAAACUGGGUACCAAUUAGCGAGAGAGGCAGUCUGAGUAGUUACGUAUAUACGGGUUCAGGAGUAGGAACCGUUUUAGCGUUCCAAGUAGCUGGCGUCUUAGCAUUCAGUAGAUUUGGAUGGCCCUCUACGUUUUGGUUUACGGGUAUAACAUGUUUUGUCGCUUUUGUACUGGUAACUGUUUUCGGCUCGGCGAGACCAGAAGAUCAUAAAAGUAUAUCGGAGGCGGAAAAACUAUAUAUUAUUGGAAAAGUUAGCCAUCGCGUUCAACGGAAUGUCAAAAUACCUUGGAAAGCUAUCCUUACUUCGAUCCACGUUUGGGCAACUUUCGUUGCUCACGUGGGCAGUGCCAUAUUUUUUGUGUUCUUCUUUAUACAAAUACCUACUUACAUGAACGCUAUCUUGAAGUUGGACAUUCGAAGCAAUGGAGUAUUAUCAUCAUUGCCAUACAUAUCCGCGAUAUUUGCUUGUAUCGCUUUUGGUUUUUUAUCUGAUUUUCUAAUAAACAAGAAGCAGGUUUCAAUAAAAAAAGCAAGAAUAAUAUCAAGUUCAAUCGGAGCCUAUAUACCAGCCUUGUGCUGCAUGUUCGUGCCUUACACGACCAACACAGCCCUAGCGGUUAUUUGCUUUGUGACGUCAAACACGGCACAUGCGGCGAUGCACAGUGGGUGGAUGGUGAACUACAUAGAUCUAGCGCCAAACCUGGCAGGUACUCUCAUGGCAACAGGGAACACCAUCACCAAUAUACUGAUCGUGUUUAUGCCUCUAGUCGUCUCUAAUAUUGUCACGGACGUUACGCAACAGCAUCAAUGGAGAAUCGUUAUGUUUCUGAUGACAGCCAUUGGUGUUGUGACAAACACUGUGUUUGUAGCUUUUAUGUCAACGGAGGUGCAGCCAUGGAACGAGCCCAUAGUAGGAAACGCUAACGAUCCAGAAGACAUCAAACUAGAAGAGAAAAAACUGGAAAAAGAAGCUAAGCAAUAAAUUACUUACAUUAAUUUACUUGUGCCUAAUAUAAAGAUGAGACAAACAAUUAAAAUAGUGACUUAUUAUGAUUUAAGCUAGUCUGUGUUCAAAGUUAUAAGUUGUAAUGAUUAAAUGUUUUGUUGUAAGGAUAAAGGAAGAAAUUAAAUAUUGAGGUCGAAAUGUAUAACUUUUGUUUCGUAUAUUAAAUAGGGCAGAUGUUGUUAGUUAAAUAUAAAAAUUUGCUUAAGAUUUUGAAUGUGAUAUUUGUUCAUUAUCUUCUUGCAUUGCAUUCCAAACUAUCUUUUAGAUAUUUACUCAAAAAAGUAAGCACAAAUGUUAUGAAUGUAAAACUAUAGAAGGCUGGAUGUAUCAUGGAAGGAUGAAGAAAAACCUGGUUCUAAGUAAUAAAAUUAAAUAUUUGGAAAAAGUUAAAUUUAUUUCAUUAGCCACGAAAAUAAAAAUAAAAUUAUAAUGUCUGUUCGUAAUAUUGAAAUAACCGUUUUUUACUACAUGCUCGUGAAUAUAUAUACAUAUUUUUUUUUUACAAUUUGUUUCUGUCUGUCUGUUUGUUCCGGCUAAUCUCUGAAAUGACUGGACGAAUUUGUGGAAACUUUCAUUAGCAGGUAGCUGACAUAGUAAGGAGUGACUUAAGUUACCUUUUAUCCCGACCCCGAAAUUUAGAGUUAUAACGCCCGAGUGGGAGGCGGAGCGCAUGAGGCUCCUAGUUUUUUCAUUGUUUUUUGUUUUAUUUUUAUGCACGCGGAAUCGUAGAUAAAAGCUAUUGUAGAAAAUAUUUUUUCUUUCAAAAUUCAGUUAAGAAAUUUUUAGGUAUCGCGUGUUCUUAACUGGUUCUAUAAAAAAGUUUUUCACCACAAAAUUUCUGUAAUAUAUAAUUAAUGAUAUCAGCUCAAAUUAACAAACUGGAAAUGUUUGGUCGCUUUCCUGAUAUAAGUAGCUAUAGCAUUCACGGGAUAAGAUUACGUCGGUUUCUCAUCAAUUUAUUAUAUUGCAGUAUUUAGUCUAUAAAUUUACUUUUACAAAUAAACAGAAAUAAUAAAAAUA